CGCAUCGAGCAACUCCUCCAGAACCGUGGAAGAACCUCGACAAUGUCGGAUCCCCUCGUGUCACCCACCGGUGUCAUUUUCUCUGACUUUCGCCUACCGGAGAACGAGAGGAGAGAGAAGACCGAGAAGAAUGAGGUCACCACGACGGUGAACCCGGUCGACGGGUCCGGCAGCGCAGACGGCUCCCGCGCACCGUCUCUUAGCGCCGCAGAGAAGGGAGAACGCACCCUCGCAGACGACGACAGGACCCUCGCUCGAUACUUGGUGCCCACACUCGAGAAAGGUCGCAAGAAUGCGCUGCUCAAGAAGCCCAGCCUUUGGACAAAAUUCCGAGUUUGGUACAACCCAUACCGUAUAAUGUUCUCGAUCAUCUUCACCCUGAACAUAGUCGCCAUCGGCAUCUCUUGCACUCGUUACAACUUCUGGAGAUAUGCUGAAAGGAACGCGGCCGCAUUGGCUCUUGGUAACCUUACGGCUGCGGUCGCCUGCCGAAACGAGUUCUUCCUCCGGUAUGCCAUCUUCUGGCCCACCGUCAAGGCGUUCCAGAAGUGGACACCACUUCGGUGGCGGAUCUUCCUCACUGCGUUUAUCCAGCAUAUCGGUGGUAUCCACUCCGGAUGUGCCGUCAGUGCCGUCGCCUGGCUAUUCUUCCUGGUCAUCCGAGAAUUCCAGAAACGUUACGCAAAGCACACGCCUAGCGUCGUCCUCGCGUGGGGCAUCAUCACUCUGGUAUUUGUCAACGUCACCAUGUGGGCUGCCAUGCCAUGGAUCCGUGCACACCACCACAAUUUCUUCGAGCAACACCACCGUUUCGCAGGCUGGAUAUCGACCGUAGUCGUGUGGAUUUACGUCUGUGUCGACGACAGCUACAACCAACACACCGGCAAGUUCCACAGCAGCGGUAGCCACUUGGCCAUGCGUCAAGAGUUCUGGUAUGCGAUGUUCAUUACCAUCCUCAUCGGUAUCCCCUGGAUGACUGUCCGCAAGGUUCCGGUCGAGAUCACCACUCCCUCGCCCCGCGUCGCCAUCAUCAAGUUUAACAAGGGUGUCCAACAGGGCUUGCUCGGCCGUAUCAGCCGCAGCUCCGUCAUGGAGUACCACGGCUUCGGUAUCAUUUCUGAGGGUGUCGAGAGUCGCGCGCACUACAUCAUUGCCGGUGUGCAAGGUGACUGGACCCGAGGCCUUGUCGCUGACCCACCGGGUCGGUUGUGGACCCGUGAGAUGAAGUUCGCCGGUCUGCCCUACCUCUGCCAUCUGUACCGCCGCGGUAUCGCCAUCUGCACGGGCUCAGGUAUCGGUGCUGUGCUCUCCACAUGCGUGCAGCUCGACAACUGGUUCCUGAUCUGGAUCGGUUCCGACAUGGAGAAGACGUUCGGACCCGUCCUGUUUGACAUGAUCCACCGCAGAAUCCCCAAGGAGCGCUACAUCCUCUUCGACACCAAGAUUGCGGGCCGCCGUCCGGACACGAUGAAGAUGCUCAAGGACAUCUACGUCGCCUUCAAGGCUGAGGUCGUCAUCAUCACCUCCAACCCGCAGGGUAAUGCGGAGCUCAUGCAGGGCUGUAAGGAGAACGGCAUGCACUCCUUCGGUCCUCUUUGGGAUUCAUAAACGGCUGUCCACCCCCCUUUUGCGGGUUUCAAACAGCUGCGAAAAGCAGCAUCAUAGCGUAU